AGUCACUUCUCCUGUCUGCCCCAGCGUCCAGGGCGCUUCCCAGGCGAGCCCUGCUGGGUGACGCCUCCUUGUACUGCCAACGUUUACAGGGCAAGGGCUGGCUGAAGGCGGCUGCCCCAAGCUGGGUUCGUCCCGGGUAGCAUGUGAGUGUCAGAGCCGGACGGGCACUAGCCGCACUGCUGCUGGGUGCCCGACAAGAGAAAGAGCCGAAACUCCGGAUGCCCCCGCGUUUGGGGAACUGAAAUAAGGCGAUUACAGCGCUUGUUGAGGUAGAAUUACCAAGUGGAACUGGAGUAAUAUAUUCUAGAAGGUUGAAGGAGUCUAGACCAUCUUCUAGCCAGCACUAGAAAAUGGUAUUGCUGAAGUCGCCAGAUGGUGGAUGGGGCUGGGUGAUUGUCCUUGUUUCCUUUUUUACUCAGUUCUUCUGUUAUGGGUCUCCAUUAGCAGUCGGAGUCUUAUAUCUAGAAUGGCUGGAUACUUUUGGAGAAGGGAAAGGAAAGACUGCUUGGAUUGGAUCCCUUGCGAGUGGAGUUGGAUUGCUUGCCAGUCCUGUCUGUAGUGCAUGUGUAUCUUCUUUUGGAGCAAGACCUAUGACAAUCUUCAGUGGGUUUAUGGUGGCUGGGGGCCUGAUGAUGAGCAGUUUUGCACCGAAUAUAUAUUUUCUGUUUUUUUCAUAUGGAAUUAUUGUUGGGCUUGGCUGUGGCUUAUUAUAUACAGCAACAGUAACCAUCACCUGUCAGUAUUUUGAUAAACGCAGAGGCCUUGCACUUGGUUUGAUUUCAACAGGUUCAAGUGUUGGACUUUUUAUAUAUGCAGCAUUACAAAGAGAACUCAUUGAGCUAUAUGGACUAGAUGGAUGUUUGCUAAUAGUUGGUGCAUUAUCUCUAAAUAUACUAGCAUGUGGCAGUCUAAUGAGACCUUUGGAGUUCUCUGAGUCCCCUUUGCCAGAAAAAUCAUGCCUAGAAAAAGUUCCAGAUCAAUACUUGAUUUACUAUGAGAAGGAAAAUGUUGAAGAAAAUACAAGCAUCCUAGAAAAGGGCUACAAUGAAGAAAAAUAUGUGAAUAAUAUGUCCAGUCAUGAUUGCAAACAGGACAGUAUUUUAAAUAAGAAUGGAUUAAUAUCAAUACAUGCAAAAGAGACAGACACUUAUAAACAGAAGGUUGUAGAACAAACAUACUUUUGCAAACAGCUUGCCAAGAAGAAAUGGCAACUGUAUUUAAACUACUGGGAAGAAACAUUGUUUCUUUUUAAAAACAAAGUAUUCUUGUCACUUUUUAUUGCCAUUUUACUUUUUGACAUUGGUGGAUUUCCUCCUUUACUGCUUAUGGAAGAUGUAGCAAGAAGUUCAAACAUUAGUGAAGAAGAAUAUGUUAUGCCUCUUAUCUCUAUUAUAGGGAUUAUGACUGCAGUUGGUAAACUUGUUUUAGGAGUACUGGCAGAUUUUAAAUGGAUUAAUACUUUAUACCUAUAUGUAAUUACCUUAAUAAUGACUGGCGUGGCUUUGGUUGCAAUUCCAUUUGCCAAAAGUUACAUUAUGUUGGCAAUACUUUCUGGAAUUUUAGGUUUUCUCACUGGGAACUGGUCAAUUUUUCCAUAUGUAACCACAAAGACUGUGGGAAUUGAGAAACUGGCACAUGCAUAUGGGAUAUUAAUGUUCUUCGCUGGACUUGGAAAUAGCCUUGGACCACCAAUUGUUGGUUGGUUUUAUGACUGGGCACAGACAUAUGACAUUGCUUUCUGCUUUAGUGGACUUUGUGUUCUGCUGGGUGGACUUCUUCUGUUGGUAGCAGCUCUGCCAUGCUGGGACAACUGUAAUAAUCAGAGUGCAAAGCCACCUCCAAAUACUUACUCCUACACAGUUGCAUCUAGUAUUUAAAUGGCAGCUGGAAAACACUUCAAUGCCUUUUUAUACUAUGUACUAUAUAGCAAAAUGUUUUAGUAAUUUUUCCACUUAUUUAUGAAAUACAAAAAUCCUUUUACAAAUAGAAAAAAAUCCAAUGAUGCUUGACAUUCAUUUUUUUAAGAAUGGUCUUGCUUUGUCUACUGUAGACUGUGGGUUUGUCUACACUACAAUAAGAAACCUGUAGCACCGAGUCUCAGAGCCUGGGUCAGCUGACUUGAGCU